CUCCAACACAUCACACACGCAGGGGCACACGUACUUGUACCUACAUGGCUGAUGUGUUACCCUGGACCCGACAAUCGCAAUGUUCCAGACUAUCCCGUCAUGAGGUGCCUGAUUGGCUUGCCACUUGAUACAGGGUGGCGGUCUGCCAAUGAUGCGAAUGGGGAUGGGUCGGACGGAGAGAUAAAAACAUGUUGGAACGCCACAAGGCACGUAUUAUGUUGACGCAAAGGGAGCUGAUCUUAAGAGCCGUGGGAACGGCUAAUUACAGUGUUCAAAGUCAAGAAAAUCUGCCAAGUUGGAGUCCAACGGUGAUCCGCAAUAUCGAUCGGUUCUAAUAAUAACGGAGUCCAGACCUGUGUCCACUUUUCUUUCAUUCUUGGGCUUUGCGCUUGUCUCACCUCGUUUUUUUUUGCCCAGUCUUGUCUAUUCUCUGUUUUUCUUGACUUCAUGCUCUAAAUCCUCUUUCUCACCGGCCUCUCGUUUAUGCCGGUUCGCCAUUCGUUUGAUCUGACGCCAUGGAUCUGGCCUUGAAGGUCCGCGAUGACGGGACUGAUGAGUUCCUCAAGCUCAUUCAGAAUCCCUUCCAAUCUUCUUUCGCUAUCACCGCCAUCUGGACCUCGCUAGGUACUUCGCUUGGUAUCACUGUCGUCCUCGCCCUCCUCUUCUCCCUUGUCCGACCCCGACACUCGUUGGUUUAUGCACCCAAGGUCAAGCAUGCAGACCUCAAACACUCUCCACCUCCGGUGGGCAAGGGUUUCUUCUCCUGGGUGAAGCCAGUGAUCAACACACGGGAAGCCGAGCUCGUCGAAACAGUUGGUCUGGACGCCGCGAUCUUCCUGCGCUUUACCAAGAUGUGCCGCAACAUCUUUAUCCUUCUCAGCAUCAUCGGCUGCCUCGUUAUGAUUCCGAUCAAUGUCACACAAAGCAAGGGCACAGGAGAUGGGACCACCCAAUCGAAAUUCGCGAUGAUGACGCCGAUCUACGUUUAUGGCACACCCACCUGGAGCCAAGUCGUAUGUGCCUGGGCUUUCGACAUAAUCAUUGCUUUCUUCCUGUGGAGGAAUUACCGUGCCGUGCGGAAUCUGCGGAGAAAAUAUUUCCAGAGCUCCGAAUACCAGCGCAGUCUGCAUGCGCGAACUCUGAUGAUCACCGAUAUUCCCCCCGCUGAUCGUAGCGACGAGGGAAUCCUACGACUUACCGAUCAGGCGAAUCCCACCGCUGCCAUUCCCCGUGCUGCGAUUGGCCGAAAUGUCAGGGAUCUACCCCGGAUUAUCAAGGAGCACGAAGAAGCAGUCCGAGAGCUUGAGUCCGUUUUGGCCAAGUAUCUCAAAAACCCCGACCGACUUCCCGCGAAGCGACCUCUUACACGCCCUGCUCGCAGCCAGCGAAGCAAAUAUACCGGUGGAAAGGUGGAUGCGAUCGAUUACCUUACGGUGCGAAUUCGGGUUUUGGAAGAAGAAAUCAAACACGGGAGAGCGUCGAUUGAUCGCCGGAACGCCAUGCCUUAUGGUUUCGCUAGUUGGGAAAAUAUCGAGCAUGCUCACGCCGUGGCAUGGAGUGCUCGCCGCAAGCCCCCAGGGUACCGUUAUCGGUCUUGCGCCGCGGCCUAG